UUUUGUGCUUUUUUUUUUUUUUACUCCAUUCCAAAAUUUCCAAUCUGAUAAAAAAUACCCAUAAUCACAAGCAAGAUCCUUUUUCAAAACCCAUCAAUUUGUUCUACAAAAUUAAAAUCGUGGGUAUCGAAAGUUGCCAUUGAAGAUGUCGUUACAAAGAAUUUUACGAGAAAAAUGUAUGCAGAAAUGCAGAAAUCAUUAUUCUCUCUCCUCUGGAUUUACCACUCUUUCUUCUUCAUCAUCAUCAACAUCUUUGGAACCUCCGAAACUCCCUGAAUUUGAUUAUCAGCCUAAACCUUAUAAAGGGCAAUUAGCUGAUGAUGUUUUGCAGAAGCGCAAAAAAUUUCUGGGUCCUUCACUUUUUCACUACUAUCAAAAGCCACUUAAUAUUGUGGAGGGAAAGAUGCAAUAUUUGUUUGAUGAUACGGGUAGACGCUAUCUUGAUGCAUUUGCUGGAAUUGUUACUGUGUCUUGUGGACAUUGCCACCCUGAUGUUUUGGAUGCUGUGAUAGAGCAAAGUAAACUUCUUCAGCAUGCAACGACCAUAUACUUGCAUCAUGCCAUAGCUGAUUUUGCAGAGGCGUUGGCGUCGAAAAUGCCUGGGAAUCUAAAGGUUGUUUAUUUUGUCAAUUCUGGGACAGAAGCAAAUGAAUUGGCCAUGCUGAUGGCAAAGCUUUAUACUGGUAAUCAUGGUAUAAUUUCAUUGAGAAAUGCAUACCAUGGUGGAAGUGGUGGUGCACUUGGAUUGACAGCUUUAAAUACAUGGAAAUACUCAUUACCACAGGGUGACAUUCAUCACGUGAUAAAUCCAGAUCCCUACCGUGGCAUUUUUGGUUCAGAUGCAUAUUCUUAUGCUAGGGAUGUUCAAGAUCACAUCGAUUUUGGCACAUCUGGGAAAAUAGCUGGAUUCUUUGCUGAAACAAUUCAGGGUGUCGGAGGAGCAGUUGAAUUAGCUCCUGGAUAUUUGAAACAAGUGUAUGACAUGGUACGUAAAGCUGGAGGAGUGUGCAUUGCUGAUGAAGUUCAAACUGGAUUUGGUCGCACAGGGAGCAAUUAUUGGGGAUUUGAGACACAAGGCGUCAUUCCUGAUAUAGUGACAAUGGCAAAGGGAAUCGGUAAUGGCCUACCUCUAGGAGCGGUGGUGACCACGCCUGAGAUUGCUAGUGUAAUGGCUCAGAAAAUUCAAUUCAACACUUUUGGGGGAAACCCUGUGUGCUCUGCAGGUGGACUUGCAGUCCUGAGGGUAAUUGAUAAGGAGAAGCGUCAACAACACUGUGCUGAAGUUGGUUCGCACUUGAUUGAUCGUUUGAAGCUUCUGCAACAGAAGCAUGAUAUAAUUGGAGAUGUGAGGGGAAGAGGUUUGAUGCUGGGGAUUGAAUUGGUCACUGACCGUAAAGAGAAAACUCCUGCCAAGGCAGAAACUGGAGUGCUGUUUGAGAAACUUAGAGAGCUCGGCAUUCUUGUUGGCAAAGGUGGUCUGCAUGGAAAUGUUUUCCGAUUAAAGCCUCCAAUGUGCUUCAACAAAGAUGAUGCAGAUUUUCUUGUUGAUGCUUUGGACUAUUCCAUGUCAAAGUUGUAGAAGGCAGCUUGAUUUCGCUUCCAUGAAGCAGGAUCGAACAGUAAUCCGAUUUAUGUCCCACUGAUGGUAUACGUCAUAUUGGGAUUUUAGAUGCCAAUAUGCCGCAGCUGAAAGCUUAUAUCAUAUCCUUGAUCUUGUAGCUCUUUCAUGAAGCGGGAACCUAGAUGAGGCUCAUACUUGGAUGCAUCCUCUUGGGCUGUGCUUCAAAUCUGAAUAGGUGUCAAGUAGUCUUCAGCUUCAUGGAUUUUACUUUUAACAUAGCGGCAGAUGCAUCAUAUCAUAUGUAAUUAAUUGCUCGAAUUUGCUGUUCUCAUCACAUUCUAUCCGUGCUUUCAGUCAGACUAAGCUAAUUUGAUGUGAUUUAUCUGUCAAAAAAUUUUAUUCUCUUUUAUUUAAUAGUAGUUCAGUUUGUGUAUAUAA